AUGUUCAUAAAUUACUUACUAUCUUUGGAUUUUACUACUAGAUUUGAAAUAUUUAGAGAUGCUUCAAUUUUGAAAGCCAAUGCAUCUUAAAAAAAAAUCUAUUCCUUUGUGCUAAUCAUUCUAAUGGAAUUGAUAUUGUCAAACCAGAAGAUGUAUAGACUCUAGGUGACAUUUUACAUAUAAGAUUACAAAGUGAAACAAAGGAAAAAAUAUUGGGAUUUCGAUGGUGAUUAAGAAAUUUUUAAAGAAAUUUAACAAGUCUUCCUUAUAGCAGAAAGAAUAGAAGACGGAUAAUAAAUGGCAAUUAAGGCAUUUUCAAAAAGUGUAUUGAAAAUAAAGAUAUAAAUUCAGUGA